AUGCUGCCACAUCAGGAAAAUAACAAGAGACACUCAUCCCGAGGUUCUCGACGCAUACCAUCAGGAAGCAGGACACUGCUCGCGUGCGCGAAAUGCAAAGAAAAGAAAUUGAAGUGCGACAAUAAGGUCCCGGGAUGUAACAACUGUCUCAUUGCAGGAUCCGUUUGUCUCGUGGAAGACCCAGUAACAAGGACAUAUCGGCCGCGAAACUAUAUUGAAAUAUUAGAAAAACGCAUCGCUCUUCUCGAAAGCCUUCUGAAGCAAUGUCGUCCAGAUCUCGCCAAUAGCGACGUGUUCAAACAUCAUGCACUUCAGCCGAAUUCUUCUUCUCUGACACAACACAUCGAAAUCCCACAUCACCAGCACGGUGAUCAAUCCGCCUUACCCAUAGCCAAAGAUAAUGUUGAAGCAGAUGAUGGUGUUGACAAGCUGGCAUCUAGAGUCGGCCUACUAAGCCUGAAUGCAGCUGGAGCCGAGCCUCAAUAUUUGGGCUCUUCUUCGAUUUUCGCUUUCUCGCGCUUGAUUAAUUCAUACCUCCGUCAAGUGGUUUCCCAUGAUCCCUCGAUGGCCAACGUGCUUGAUUAUACUGAGAGCCGCUCUUCCGUACUACCAUCACCAUGCUUAUUGCCCGCUUACGAAUCGGCUGUCAAAUUGAGUGACUCUUAUUUCCAGAAUGUUAACACCCAUUACCCCUUCUUACACGAGCCGACCUUCAGGGCAUGGGAGACGAUGUUAGUGAAUGAGUCUACGGGGCUGGAAAGAAUUUCCCCCAGUUCUAUCUCCUUGUUUUUCUUGAAUAUGGUGUAUGCUGUUGGUGCUUUGCUUCUACCCGAUCUCGGAUACUCGGCGGAGCGUCUGUACAUUUCAGCACUAUUGUAUAUCGAUGAUAUCUUGGCCUAUGAUAACCUAGAGGCUGUACAGGCCAUGCUGUGCUGCGCAAUUUACUCUCUUAGAUCCUCCACUGGUACUUCGCACUGGAAAGUAGCCAGUCUAGCACUUCGUCUGUGUAUUGACCUGGGUUAUCACCGAAAUACGAAGCACUUUGCACCACCUGAAAAUAUACUCCAGGUAGAAUUACGCAAAAGGGUGUUCUGGUGUGCCUAUGCGAUGGAAACUCAAGCUGCCGUAAUGUUGGGUCGCCCUCUGGGUGUCCCUUACCAGGAGGUUGACGCUGAAUAUCCGAUUGACAUCGAUGAUUUAUUGAUCAAGGACACUGGGCUUGUUGGCGCGCCACGGAGCUCCCCGAGUGAUGUGCCAACUAACAUGACAAGAGCGAUACAUACAUUCCGAAUUCGACGUCUUUUAAAUCGCAUUUAUACCUGUCUUUACUCAAAAGCCGACCCGCGUUGCUCAGGCAAACACGAUCAGCAGGUUGACGUGAAGAAUAUCCGUGCCGAGAUCGAGAAGUGGCGCUCUGAAAUUCCACCCACUGCUUCUCAUUCCGGUGAAGAGCUUGUCUUGUUCACGAGUGUGGACUGGUAUGAUCUGGAAUAUAACUACACGAUUUUACAGCUUUAUCGAGCCCAAAUCGUCGAUCAUCCGACUCAGGCUACAGAGGAUGUUUUUAUUGAUUGCCUGAGGGCUGCAGAGAGUAUUUGCCAAAGCUAUCGUCGUCAAUUUUUAGGAACGCCAAUGAGCUGUACCUGGGCGGCACUUCAUGAGCUUUUCCUUGCGGGAUUGACAUACCUCCACUGUCUCUGGACAUCGCCUGUAGCACGAGAGGUAUCUGGCCGUGGGCAAGCGAACAGCACGUGUAAUGACUGCACAAUCGCAUUGACGGUCAUGGCAGACCGAUGGGAUGUCGCUACCCCCUUCCGUGAGACAUUUGUGGCGCUCGCUAGCCGAACAAUGGCGAUGAUGAGUGAGCAGGCUGAUGAAAAUGUAUCUAAGAACGUUCCUUCUGCGGAUUCCGAGAACUGGGCUGAAGAGGACUCGGCGGAGUGGAUGAGAAUUGUGGCCGGUGCCGGUGUGCUGAGGGCUUUAACGGGCUUUUGA